ACGAAUGGUCUAUCUUAUAUAUUGGUUUAUGCUAGCUUUGCUGAUAGGUUGGUUUAUUCUAGCUUAGCUUGAUUGUCAGUAUUGCAAGAAACAAAAAAAAUCCUAUAACAGCUAGCUAGCUAGAGUCGGAAAGAUAUAUAGAGCCUGGACUCUUUUAGCUAGAGGGAGAGAUGGUCGGACCAAUAAGACCUCAGUUUGUGCUGUUUGGUUCGUCCAUCGUCCAGUUCAGUUUCAGCAAUGGAGGUUGGGGCGCCAUCCUUGCUGACAUAUAUUCUCGUAAGUCAAUAUGUCUGUUGGCUCAAACUCUUUGUCUCUCCCUCUUUGUUAGCCUAAAGGAUGAGGCGGAUAUACUUGUGCGUGGAUACGCUGGUUGGAAUUCAAGGAAUGGUCUGCAGGCUUUAGAGCAAGUGUUUCCAAAGGAUGCAAGUAUCCAGCCAUCGUUGGUGAUAGUCUAUUUUGGUGGUAAUGAUUCAAUGCUGCCGGAUCCACUAGGCUUAAGCCUUCACGUACCUCUUCCUGAAUAUGUAGAAAAUAUGAGGAAGAUUGCUACCCAUUUGAAGAGCCUUUCGCAGAAAACCCGCCUUAUCUUCCUGACUGCUCCUCCUGUCAACGAGGAACAAAUGCGAAAAGCAUUUAGUGGAAUCAUGCGGGAGAAUAGUCGAACAAACAAGCAGUUGCAAAUGUAUUCAGAUGCUUGUGUGGAGCUGUGCAGAGAGAUGGAUAUCAAGGCAGUUGAUCUCUUUACUUCAAUGCAGAAAAGAAGUGACUGGUCGACUGUAUGCUUUACGGAUGGAAUCCAUUUUUCGUCCGAGGGGAGCAAGAUCGUGGUGGAGGAGAUACUGAAGGUCCUUGAAGAAGCAGACUGGGAACGCCUGCAAUGGAACUCAUUGCCAACUGAGUUUGAAGAGUUUGCGCCCUAUACCGCCUCUCGGGUUUGAUGGAGAAAACAAAGUCUGAAUAUCUCGGCCUUUGCUGGACUCAUGCAGAGAGGAUUAAGAUUAAAACCAUACUAGCAUUACCAAAGCUUUUUGUAUGAUAGUAACACUGUAACCACCUUUCCUCCAUCAAACUCAUAAUUGAAAAAUCAAUAAACAUAGUCAGUCCUUUGCUCUCCAAAA